AUGCUGGGUUUCCGAUUAAGAUCCCUCAAAGAGAACAUGUCGCCAAUGGCACAACUUCUUGACGAUGGGAGUGAUUCCUUCUGGUCCAAUCCCACGUGGCUGAAGCCAUCUUUACCAUCUGCGAUCUCCGAGGAGGAUCUCCUGGGCGUGUGGGCCGACUCGCUUGGCAAUGCGGUAUACGUGUCUGCUGGGACUUCUUCACAGCCAAAGCUGGAGGCAGUGCUGGCAAAGCCGCCGCGAGACGACAUCCACUUGUCCAUGAGGCCCGACGAGGGAAGUGGAUGGAUCUGUGGCAACGCCACGUCAAGAGCUGAGUCCACGCAAAACUUCAAUCACGUCUGUCGCUUCUUACCGACCAGCUCCAAGCAAGCACGAAGGCAGCGCGAGGUUGGAUUUGGUCAGGAGUUCUUCAUCAAUGCUGCACUGGCCAUGCUGGCACGUAAAUCCGUCAUCCAACAGUGUAAGUCCUCACCUCACAAUGCCGACAGGUUGGAGACUCGGCCGGUCGUUUGGGUGGCGUUUAGACAGGGUAUUUGCAAGGUGCGCUUGGAAAACGUGGACCAGGAAGACGUGGACCAGGACAACAGGCAGCAUGUCGUACAUGUGCGAACCAAUGCCAAUCAGAUCUCGAAGGGCACAUCGCGGCCGGCGAGCUCCGACGGUUCCGUCCUGCGCGAAGAGGUAUUGGACACGUGUUUGAAUGUGGUGCUUCGCACUGCUUCCGAGUGGAAAAACGGCUCCCCGAUGAUGCUCAUGAUGCGGGUUUGUUGGCCCCAAGAAGCUCCCAAUGAUGCUCGUGAUGCGGGCUUGUUGGCUCGGAUUGGGCUCCAAGACACCUCCAAUGAUGUUCGCGACCACGACAUUCCCAACGAUGCUUGUGAUGUCGUGUACUUGUUCUAUCUGGGGCAGAAUGCUCGCGCCUCACUUGGAGGAGCUGCUCAGUUGCUCUUGCGCCGCAAUUUGCCGGCUACAGUUCGGCCCACUCGCUCAGUGAAUUCACCAAAUACUCUCUGGGAGGACAUCAGCGAGAAGUUCGAAGGACGUUUUCUGAAAAUGGUGCAGGUGGAUGUCACUGACAUUCCUGAGGCUGCGCGUGAAUUCCGCGUGGAUGCCGUUCCAUAUUUCCUGGUCUUGCGUGACGGGCAUGUCGUUGAGCGACUGCUCGGGAAUGAACCGAAGGCCGUUGCCGAAGCCGCCGAGCGCCAUGCUGCGGCCUUUGAGAAGAUGCAGACAGAGCAGUGA